AUGCCACAAGCACAAAUUCGAAAGACACAACGAAACCCGAAAGUAUGGGUUGCUGCAUUGAUAGCAGCAUCCAUAGUGACUAUCUCAUACAAAAUGUAUUCCAGCUACAUUGGAGAGGAGACUGUCGAAGAUAAGAGAAACGAAAAAGAAGGGGCCGAGGAGAAGUUGAGAAUUGCUAAAAAAUACACCAAGAAGUCGAUUGCGUUGACGUUAUCGCACUCGGUGCUUAGCUCGCAAUUGCCCUUGAACGAGAUUUUGCUCAAUUCAGAGAAUGUUACAUUCAUAUUACCGCCAAAUUUGUCGAUGGAUGAUUUGGUUUGCAAUAUCGGCAAUGCAGACGAGGUAGAGAAGUACAACUUACCUAAGACAUUGUUGAACAAUUACAAAUUGCUCCAUUGUAGUAAUAUCGAUGGGUAUUUCAACAUAUUGAAGAACUUAAAGCCGGACACUUUACUUGUAUGUUCGGACGAUUUAGGAAUAGCGGACAGUUUACCAAGGGACUUACACAGGUUUGUAAAGGAGGUCAUUAACAUCGAUCAGAAUAAGGAAGAUAUUUACAAGAAAUUGUCGUCGAUCUUCAUCAAAUAG